AUGGGUACUUGGACAGACUACGAAGGACCCCAAAUGUAUAUGCUAGAACCCAGUGGUGUAUCAUUUUCAUACUUUGGAUGUGCAGUCGGUAAGGCAAAGCAAGCUGCAAAGACGGAAAUCGAAAAACUUAAACUUGCCGACUUAACUGUUAAGGAGUUGCUAAAGGAAGCGGCUAGAAUAAUCUACAUAGUCCACGAUGAAUUAAAGGACAAGCAGUUCGAGUUGGAAUUAUCCUGGGUUUGUAAAGACAGUAAUGGCCGUCAUCAGUUGGUACCAAAGGAUAUGGCUGUUGAAGCUGAGAACCUCGCCAAGCAAGCACUCGCUGACAUUGAAGACUCGGAUGAAGGGGAUAUGUAG